AAUAAUUGACUCAUUCACAUAGCGCACUGGCCAAAUAGUGUGUUGUCAAAGUUUAAAAAGUUAAACCAUAGAGCCAUGAGAGUCUUGUUGAUUUUUUUGGUGGUGUUGGCGGCGGUGGCAGCAGCACCACAGAAGUCUACGUUGCAAGCAGGACCAUUAGAGACCGGAAGCCAGCCCUUCAUCGAGGAGGUGGUAGUGGAGUCGGUGCUGAACGUGCGCGCGCCCGCCGGGAGACAAGCCAGGACCAACACGAAGACCGACUUGGCCCACGGCUCGAAGGUGGCCGAGAAAAACUAGCCCUGACUGCUUAGCUAUAA